UUUUUUUUUUUGGGAGGGGGGGCUUAGGUUCUCACUUUCACUUCCCUUCCCCCACUUUCCUUCUGCUGCUGUCUCUCUCCUUGUUUUGGUAAACCACUUCCUCUGUUUCUCUUGAAUUAGAUUCAUCCCUCCCCCAACAAACCAUCCAUCUUUUAGACUCAUACACCAUAUACAGAAGAAGAAGAAGAAGAAGAAGAAGAAGAAGAAGAAGAAGAAGAGGAACUUCCUUCCAACUCCUCCUGUUCCCUUCCUUCCAUUAACCUUCUCUUCCCAUCUCCCCAUUGUGUUGUUCUUCUUGCAUUGCUCUGCCCCUUCACCUUCAUCUUUAUCUUCAAGAAUCAGAUGAAAAGGUUAAGGUCUCCUCCUUCUUCCUCUCCCUGCUCCUCAUCUUCUUCUUCCUCAUGCGCCGUCGCUGGGCCCUGUGAACCUCGCGAUCAUCAGCAAGGCAAGAAACCCAAGUCCAAGAGGGCAAGAAAGUCCCAGAAACAGAGCUGUGAUGAAUCUCACAACAAUGCAAACAGCCCAAACUCUGCCACUGGAAGAAGAAGCUCCAUUUACAGAGGUGUCACCAGGCAUAGGUGGACAGGGAGGUUUGAGGCUCACCUGUGGGAUAAGAGUUCAUGGAACAAUGUUCAGAACAAGAAAGGGCGACAAGUUUACUUAGGAGCAUAUGAUAGUGAGGAGGCAGCUGCUCGCACCUAUGAUCUCGCUGCUUUGAAAUACUGGGGCCCCGACACUACAUUAAAUUUUUCGUCAAAUAUAUGGGGCCUGCAGAUAGAUGAUUACAAGAAAGAGCUCAAAGAAAUGCAGAACCUCUCCAAGGAAGAGUACUUGGCGUCGUUGAGACGGCGCAGCAGUGGCUUCUCAAGAGGGGUUUCAAAGUAUCGUGGUGUGGCUAGGCACCACCACAAUGGGCGAUGGGAGGCGCGUAUCGGCCGAGUUCUUGGUAACAAGUACCUCUACUUGGGUACAUACAAUACACAAGAGGAGGCAGCAGCAGCAUACGACAUGGCAGCAAUUCAAUACAGAGGAGCAAAUGCAGUGACCAAUUUUGACAUCAGCAAUUACAUUGAUCGCUUAAAGAAGAAAGGCAUCCAUAUUGACCUUCCCCAUCAAUUAUACCAAAGAAUUUCUAAUCCCUCCUCCAUCGAGCCACAGCUCGAACCCGAAGCGCCAGCACCAGAAAAGGAACAACAAGAAGAUCAAGCCGUGCAAACCAAAGCAGAAGUGGUAGAGGAAUUAGCCGUGGAAACAAAAGCAGAAGUGAUGAAAGCCGGAGAGAUGGCCUCGGCCACCGGUCUCCAUUACCCCAAGUUCUCUCCGUGCAUGGACUCUUCGACGAUAAUUGAUGACCACGUCAGUGACCAAGACCAUCCUUGGAACUUCUGUAUGGACGUUGAGGCCGGGGCGUACCCCUCUCUGCACGUUUCUGAUCUCCCCUUCGAGAAAUACAGCAAUCAUAUUGAACUGCCGGACGUGUUGGGGGACUGCAAAGGCUUCGAUGAUGAUAUCCACCUAAUAUUUGAAGUGGGGUCAGAUCAUAACGAUGAGUUGGUGAUCAGCCCAGAAUGCGUGCUGGACAACUCGAGCUGUGACACCGGCCCAAAUGUCUUGGAGACCAUCUUGGAGAGAAGAGGUUCGGGAAAAGGUGAGUUAUCAAUGUCCCCAAUAUCUUCUACAGUAUCUUCGCCAGUUUCAUCAUCGACGACGACCUCGGUUUAUUGUAGUGUUUGAAAGGUUCAAUCUAGACUAGCGAGGCUGGUUUGGGAAGGUUGGGAAUGGUUGAGGUCGGUCAACUUUGCAGCACAUAUUGUUGUUGUUGUUGGGAUCCGUUAAGUAAGAUUUGGGUUAGUGGAAAAGAUUCACAAAAAAAGAAAAAACCCUUUUUUCUUUCUUAAAGAGAAAAGAAGACAAAAAGUGUCGCCAAUGCAUUCUCACCAUUUUUUUUUUCAGAGAUACAUAAAUUUAGUGUAAUGAAAUAUAAAUUAUAAAUUUUUAAUAAAAAGAUGUCGGCAGGCUCAUCUGAAUAUCGAACCCA